AUGACGCCGAGCGUGCCACCUCUGGGGCAAGUCAAGGGCAAGGUCGAGCCAGCGCAAGCGCCGACAAGGCUCGGUGGCCACCUGUUACUUGAACAGCUCUCAAGCCGCGUGCCGUUGCUAGGCAACGUCCGUGAAGACGAGGAUAGCAAGAGUCAGAAGUCGAGGGAACUGAUCCUGCAGGAUUCGUCACAGGAAGACGGCAAGGACGCUCAAAUACUAGUGCCCGCAAACGAUACGGCAGGAAACAGCCCUCAGCAGUCUCUUAUGUGGCUAGGAACAGAAGACGGAUGCAUUCACGUGUACAACUGCAAUGAUAACAUCCGCAUCAAGAAGAACAAAGUUCGGCUACAACACAAUGCUGCUAUACAGUGCAUUAUAUAUUUAGACAACAAAGUGUUUGUGUCGUUAGCCAAUGGUGACCUCUCUGUCUACAAGCGGGAUACAGCGGGAGGCUGGGACACGGGAAAUCCGAUUACUGUAACGUUAGGUAGCGCUACUGCACCUAUCACGCGUAUGCUUGGGGUCCAGGGACAAGUGUGGUGCGGCUGCCAGAACAACAUUCUAGUCAUAAACACCACAUCACUAUCGGUGGAGCACACAUUUCCGGCAUGCAACGACACGAGUCGUGCCAUCCGUCACAUGACGAGCGUCUGCUUCGGUGUCUGGGUGUCGGUGCAGAACAGCGCAAUCAUCAAGCUGUUUCACGGCAUCACGUACGAAUGCUUACUCGAUGUCAACAUGGGUCCACCUGUCGCCAAGAUGCUAGCAGCCUGCAACGACAUCAUACGGCAACACAAGGCCGCGUGUUUACGCAUAACGGCGCUGCUCUGCUGCAAGGAUCUGCUGUGGUCGGACCAAGUGCUGGGUGGUUCUCGACCUGCCGCCUCCCCACCUCCUGCAUCAACCACCAGGCGGCUCCCACCUGCCUUAACGUAG